AUGUCUGGCCUGGGUUCCGGCUCUGGAGCGGGAACAACACCUCUCCCCCACCGCUCAGUCGCCAACAUCCGCUCCCCACACACCAGCGGCAACACCAAUCCGUCAACCCCCUCUUCCAGCAGCCGUCCUGUUCCCACCUCCAGCUUUGGUUCCCCGUCCAGUUUGAGAGCAGAUGAAGAUAUCCUCAUUCUCGAACUUGGCUCCCGCAAACUGCAAAUAGGGUUCGCCGGGGAUGCCUGUCCGAGGGGCACGGUCUGGUUCACUCCAUCACAGCUCCGCCGGGUGGGAGACUUCCGGGACUGGUCCUCCGAGUCCAAAACCAAUGUGGACUGGAAGACGAAAAAAGUGACGGGCGAGAAGUGGUGGACCAGGGAUCACGAGCUUUGGGAGUAUGAUGUGCGGGAGGUCGAUCUAGGUCUCAUUGGGGACAAGGUAGAGAGGGCGCUCAGAGAAGCUCUUACAAAAUACAUGCUGAUCGAUUCUCGGCCACGGAGAAUGGCGUGCGUGCUGCCCUCUAGCCUUCCUCUUCCCAUGUUAUCGGCAGUACUAGACAGCCUCUUUACACGGUUUCAGCCGCCCACCAUAUCGCUGUUUUCGUCCCCCGUUGCACUGACAGUCGGUGCUGGGGUUCGUUCUGCUCUGAUUGUUGAUCUCGGUUGGAGGGAGACAGUUGUUACCAGUGUUUACGAGUUUCGCGAAGUCAACACCAAGCGUAGUGUUCGUGGGGGGAGAUUGCUUGUGGAACAGACACACAAACUUCUCGCCAGACACCUCCCCGAAAAUCAGAAAAAGAAGGAGGGCACAACCUCCGAAGAUACCCAAGAUUACGACCUGAGCUUUGAGGAAUGCAACGACAUUGCUACUCGGAUGGUUUGGUGCAAGCCACAUCUAUCUUCUCCCAAAGCUCACAAAUCAAAGGAAGGUCUGCCCACCCUCCACGAACAAGAUGAAUCAGACUCUACGGAAGCCGAGUCCCCAACUGAGGCCUCAAAGACGGCCAGAAUUCCACUGCAAUCAUGUCGAUCACCGACCACGAUAGAGCUUCCCUGGGCAGCCCUUGCAGAACCCAGCGAGAAUGCCUUCUUUGACUCCCAGUACUCAGAGAGCAGCUUUGACGAUCAUGAGCUACCUUUGCCUCUGCUUGUCUACCGCAGUCUUCUGCAGCUACCCCUGGAUGUUCGGGCACUUUGCAUGUCUCGCAUCAUUUUCACGGGUGGCUGUGCUAGCGUUUUGGGACUACGUGGCCGUAUUUUUGGCGAAGUUUCCAAGCUGAUAGAGGAGAGAGGAUGGGACGGUGUCCAAGGAAAGGGAGCAGACCAGAUGCGGGCUAAUCCAAAGCUGCAGGGAAAAAGGGGCAGUCGGCCAGCGGUUAGUGGUCCUACUGGUGUCACCAGCCCGCCGGAAGCCGUCGGUGGUCAAGAGCAGGAUGGGGUCUGGCACGAUGCAGCCAAUACUGCCCACGAAGCCUGUCCUGUCGAAGAGCAACUCGCGCGAGGGCAGGAUAAGAGACCAAGGGUGCAGGGGAAGAUGAGGGCCAUUGAGUCUGUCGGGGCGUGGAGCGGAGCAAGCCUGAUAGCGCACCUUAAGGCGGCGCCUAUUUCUACUAUUGAACGCGAGGUUUGGUUGCAGUAUGGUGCCGCAGGAGCGAGCAAGCCCAGCGAGGUUGAUCAGAAGUCAGCCAGACAGAGCUUUGGGCCAGGCGGCCUUAUCAGGGGGUCUGCUGCUAAUAACUCCUGGACAUUGGGGGUUUGGGGUGUGAAUUAG